CGGCACAUUUAUUGCACCCACGCCUACUUAUGAUUCAUUUGCGUUAAUACCCAUCGAAUCAUUCCUUGGCCUUCGCCAUGAACGACGACUUGCUUCGGCCGCCGCCGCCGCCAAUCCUGAAACACCCGCCGUUGGCGGUUGACCCCAAACAGUUCCCUCCGCCCGUCCCCUCCUCGUCGUCUUCGAUAUCCUUGGGCUGGACCCUUCUUAUAAUCUCCGCCAUCGUCGGCUUCAGCUUCCUCGCUUGCUUCUUCAUUCGCCUCGUCCUCCGCCUCCGCCGCUCCUAUUCAGCCGUCGCCUCCGAUUCGUUCCUCGAUCCGAACGAACCAUCUGGCCCUGCCGCGGCUGACGACAGUGCCCGCCCUUCAGAGAAGAAGUUGAACUCGGUUCUAAUCGACUCCCUCCCCCUCUACAGCCUCGGCUCCGCUCUCUCGGCCCUCUCCAAAUCCUCUCCGGAUUGCGCCGUCUGCCUCCGCUCCUUCCGGCCAGGUGAGGAUCUCCGUCUCCUCCCCGCCUGCUUCCACUCUUUCCACGCCGGAUGCGUCGACACGUGGAUCCAGAACUCACCGUCCUGUCCUCUCUGCCGCGCCCCCGUCACUCUCCCGCAGCCGCCGUUAUCUGCGGCGCCGCCGCCUCCCGUCAAGAUGACUAGCAGCGGCGUCCAAGCGAGAAGCUUUCCGGAAGGCGAAUCGAGGAAUAUCUCUCUUCCCUCUCCCCUGGCUUCUCCUCCGAGCCGCCUCUUGUAUUCCAUCGGCAACGACCCAAUGGAGGAGGAUAUCGAGGAGGCACUAGUGCGAAUCAGCUCAUCCAGGAUGUCUUCGCCGGGUGAUGAGGUCGCGGCGGCGACGGCCGGUGGGGAACCAACGAGGUGGCUAAGGGAUUGUACCGACCGACAGCUCUCGUCCCGGUCUUCUUCGUUCCCAUCUGCUGCGUCGUCGUUCGAAUACUCCGGCAGGUGGGCCGUCAACCAGGAAGACUUUGGCGGCAGUUGGGCCAUUCACCAAGAAGACUUUAGUGGUCCGUAGGGGUAUAAUCGUCAAUUACCCAAAGCACGAUUCAGAAGAUUCCUUAAUCAUGAUGCCCUUGCGGUUAUCUUCCUGCAUAAAACAUCGUUAUAAAUUGGACGGCCGAGAUCUAAGAAAAGGUUGCCAGAUCUCCGUUGUUUUCUUCAUUUUCCUUUUUUUUUAAAGAAAAUAUAUUAUUUAGCUCAAAAAAAAAACCUUGUUAAAGUUUUUAUGACGGAAAAUAAAAAGACUGCUCUUU